AUGAAUUGCUUGAAUUCAAAAUAUAGACACACUGACAGAUCCCAGUAUACUUGUUUCCUUUAUUUAAACUCUCAUUUAUUUCUCAAAAGCUGUCUCUGCUACACAGAACCCCAGAAUCUAACAGAUGUCUUGGAAUUCUUCCUCCUGGGGUUCUCAGAAGAUCCAGAACUGCAGCCUGUAAUCUUUAGCCUGUUCCUGUCCAUGUAUCUGGUCACCAUGCUGGGGAAUCUACUGAUCCUCCUUGCUGUCAGCUCUGACUCCUGCCUUCACACCCCCAUGUACUUCUUCCUUUCCAUCCUGUCCCUGGCUGACAUCGGUUUCAUUUCUACCACAGUCCCAAAGGUGAUUUUGGACAUUGAAACUCACAACAGAGUCAUCUCCCAUGUGGGCUGCCUGAUUCAGUUGUCUUUUUUUAAUCUUUUUGGAUGUUUGGACAGUGUACUCUUAACUGUGAUGGCCUAUGAUCGGUUUGUAGCCAUUUGUUAUCCUCUGCACUACCCAGUCAUCAUGAACCCCCGCCUCUGUAGCCUGCUGAUUCUGAUAUCUUUUUUAAUCAGCCUUCUGGACUCUCAGCUGCACUGCCUCAUGAUGUCACAACUUACCUUCUGCAUAAAUGUGGAAAUUCCUCAUUUCUUCUGUGACCCUCCUCAGCUCCUCAAGCUUUCCUGUAAUGAUACUUCCACCACUAAAAUAUUCAUGUGUUUUCUUGGUGCCAUCUUUGGUGGUAUUCCAGUCUCAGGGAUCCUUUUCUCUUACACACGAAUUGUUUCCUCCAUUCUGAGAGUCCCAUCCACAGGUGGGAAGUACAAAGCCUUCUCCACCUGUGGCUCCCACCUGUCAGUUGUUAUCUUAUUUUAUGGAACAGGUCUUGGGGUGUACCUCAGUUCUACUAUCUCACAUUCUCCCAGAAAGGAUGCAGUGGCCUCAGUAAUGUAUGCUUUCAUUGUUCCCAUGCUAAAUCCCUUCAUCUACAGUCUGAGGAACAAGGACAUCAAGAGUGCUUUGCAGAGGCUCCUCAACAGAAAAGCCCAGUCUUAA